AUGUCGGCCACGUCCGCAGCACAACUCACGAUGGCAGGUCCAUCAAUAACCAACCAUGUCGUCACGCUCGCGCAUCCGACGCAUCCGCACUUCCUCACACAGAUCGUGCACCUCCGCUCGCCCACGUCGCAGGAUAGCCUGUUCGUGCACUGCACGGCUAUCUCUUCCACCUUGGCACGGUCUCUUAGCUCGUCCAACUCAUUCUCCACCACUGCAGGGGAGAGUGAGGAGGAUGCCGAGCUGCAAGCGGCCCUUAUCGCAGCUGGUCGGGCUCCCGAACCUACAGCCGCGUCGGGAGCACCGUUCGGCGCACUAGCAGCAGACUUCGCCCUGGCCAUGGCCCACCCCUCCGGCUCCUCACAAGGCACCCCCAUCCUCACCACCACCACAGCCACCACCACAUCCAGCCUCGCUGCUAGCAUGAGCAAGCGUCUCGCCUCCAAGCUCCGCAUCCCUCACCUCCUGCUCUCGCUCGACCUACCACCAUCCCUCAUCGCCUCCCCCGGUCGCAUCCAAAGCCCCGAAGACUCACGAGCCGUGCUCAUCCUCGAGAAAGCCAUACGCGAUGCCUGCACACACACUCUUUCGCGCUAG